AUGCGCACUUUUGGCACUAGCUUUUUCUCUACCAUAUUCCUUGCUAUACUUCUUGUCAAGGCCUCACCCAACCCAGCCUAUUCAAAGGGCUCUACUCACCAAGUCAAGACCAUUGGUCGCGAUUUGAAGAUCGAGAGCUACCAUCCCAAGGUGUCAUAUGAGACUUAUGGAGAAGGGAAAGAGGUCACCUCGUUCAUUAAUGGUGACUUACAGACAUCUACCAUUUCCUUUGUUGCUUCAGAGCUCGGCGUUGAUUCUUCCGCCAUUGCCUAUAGCUCUGGUUGCACUGCAGAGAAUGGAAUGAGCUACAUGUAUGCAAAGCAGUAUCACGACGGAGUUCCUCUGGCGAACGCCAUUGCAAAUGUGGCUUUCAAGAAUGGUAAAGCAGUUGCCUUCGGGUCUUCAUUUGUGGAUACCUCAAGCAUUGCAUCAUCCGAGCCAUCCAUUGCUCUGGAUUCUAUUAUUAGUAAGGUCGAGGACGUGUUUUCUGCCACCUACAGUGGCAUAAACUCGCUCGAAUAUCUCGUCCAGUCUGACGGGUCUAUUACACUCACUCAUGUAGUUCAAGUCCAAAAUGCCGCCACCAAUACAGGCUACGAAGCAUUUGUUGAUGUGAAUUCAGGAGAUAUCCUUGCCCUCACUGAUUUUCUCACUGAAGCUAUGUACAUGGUGUUACCGAUAACUAAACAGAAUGUGUUGGAGGGCGAAGAAACUCUGGUUGAUCCUGAAGACCUUGAUUCUUCUCCCCUAGGAUGGAAUAAAAUCACUUACUGUUCCAUAGUGGAAAUAAUGUCAUGUCCUACAAAAUCAUCCACCGACACAUUUGAUUACCCAUAUGAUGUCGACUUCGACCCAACGGAGGGAAGUAACAUUGAUGUGGCCCAUACCAACGCCUUCUAUAUCAUUAACAAGGUCCACGACUUCACAUACAAGUAUGGCUGGACCGAGUUGGCAUAUAAUUUCCAAUUGGACAAUUUCGGGAAAGGAGGAGCUGAAGGAGAUUGCGUGCAGAUGUUCAUGCAGGACUCCUCUGGAUUCAAUAACGCCAAUUUUCUAACUCUUCCCGAUGGUCAAAAUGGUACCUGCCGCAUGUACAUCUUUACUUUGACCACCUCCCGUCAUGAUGCAGACCUUCAGAACAAUAUCAUCGUUCAUGAAUUUACACAUGGUCUUACUAAUUGUAUGACUGGUGGCAGAACCGCUCGAUGCUUACAGGACAAUGAAUCCCAGGGAUUGGGUGAAGGAUGGUCUGAUGCGAUGGCAGAGUGGACGGAACAAAAGAGCGGGACCAUAACUGACUUUGUAAUAGGAACCUGGGUUUUGAACAACACUGCUGGUAUGCGCCAUUUCCCAUACUCCACAGAUCCUGCCGUCAACCCCCUCCGCUACUCAGCCCUUUCUCAACUCUCCGAGGUUCACGAUAUCGGGGAAGUAUGGGCUAACAUGCUGCACAAUGUAUAUGCAGCUCUUGUUGGAGUGCACGGAUGGUCGGCAACUGCUAUGGAGGACCCUUCUGGAUCAGAAGGAAAUGUUGUGUACCUCCACCUUUUCAUCGAUGCACUUGCUCUGCAGCCUUGCAAUCCGACUUUCGUGGAUGUGCGCGAUGCGUGGAUCCAAGCAGAUGUGAAUCGCUACAACGGGGCCAAUUUUUGCAUCCUCUGGGACGCUUUUGCGAGUCGCAGAUUGGGAAUGAAUGCUGUGGACUACGUUGAUGACGAGACUGUUCCUGACGGUUGUUAA